GUUAAGAGGGGAUUGUAACUUACUACACCAAGGGUUGCCAACCAUGGUGGUUUACACUGGCACUGCAGACUCUCCCCUCCCCCUUUUAAAGCAAAUCUCUAGCUCUCCUAGAGAGAAAGUUAUGGGGCAAAAGGCACAGGCAUCUCCCAAGUGCUUUCUGUGGAAUGAGAGUGGCGUUGGGACCACCUUGCAAAAAAAACACCAUAAUGACAGACAGCCUAAAAGUAAAAUAAUCGUCAUAGUAACAGCGCUUGUCUCCAAUGUGCUCCUCGUGGGGUUCCCAUCAGGGUAUUCGGCUCUUCACUUUGGGCAGGAACUAUGUGGACCAUGAAAAGACCCAGCAGGAAUCUUUAUUUAUCUUCUUUUCAGGACACCACAGAUCCAGUUUGAACGUCCAGCGAGCGAACCCCAUGCCAUUGCUUCCAGGGGCGCACAAGCAAAUUUCACCUCACCCAUCCUGUUGCAGCCUGGCUCAGGUAAGAAGAGUCAUGUUUUCCAUAAAGCGGACUAGCUUUCAACUCCUGGGCUUAAAUAUAUUAGCUAUGUUGUUUCUCUCCUGCAGAAAGCUCUCCCCUCCCCCCGCCCUAACCCUAGGAAAAAGCCAGCGUGGAAAUGGCCGGUGGAUUUUGCCACAGGGCGCAUGACGCGUCCGAGGAGAGUUUGCCUGUACUUGUCCCACAUUCUGCAGCAUAAUCAGCCGGCUGGCCUUGCAAAGGUGAAAGCCAUCUCCGAAGCAGCUGCCUUGACUUCCACGAAAUCUACCCUGAGGGGGAGAGUUUUGCGCUGGUUUUGGAAGUCAGGUGAAGAAUUAGAAUGCAGGCAAAGGAAUGAUCGGUUGUGUCUAGGAGAGUCAGCAGAAAACAAAAAACUCCUGAUCCGAAAAGCCAGACAGGAAGAGGAAAGGGCGCAGCCGGAGGCUGCACUGUGCCAACUUGUCACAUUCAGGAGAUCAGGAUGACAGGGCACAAAAUCUGACUCUUAAAACUCAAGAAGAUGUAAAACCAUCUCCGAUGAAUCGGGUUGGGGUCCUAUUUAGCUCAGCAGAGGUGGCUGACAGGGCAUAGUGCUGAUUGGCCCCUGCAACCGCCGCAAAGGAGUUUUGCAACUUAAUUUUAAAUUUAUUUAUUGUCGUUUUUUUUAAGAAAGCAAAGAGGAGAUAUUUAAAUAAAUAAAAAAUACAUCAUGAACAGGACAUGAGGACAUAGGAAGAAGAGUCCAUCGGGCCCAGCAUCUUCUCAGAGUGGCCAACCGGGUAUUUCCAGGAAAUUCGGGGAAUGAAAGCAAUAAGAGCCCUCCCUGCUGUCCUCCCCCCGACCUCCGGGCAGCCAAUAUUCAGAGGAAGGUUAAACUGUAGACGUAGCUUUCAUAUCUCUGCUAUAUUCGAAAGGGAUCGAAAUUCUGUGCUUGAGAAAAGUUGAAUGAUAUGGCCUCCGUUGUUAAUUCUGUAGCUUAAGAAAAAUUACAGGGGUUCUCUUGUUUUGCAUAUUUUCUUGGUAAUUUAAGCUGCUUUGCAUACUUUGGUUUCUGUUUCUGCUAAUCAUGCUAAUCCGUUAAUCACGGGGAUAGCGAAGGAGCGUCGCAGGCCACUGCAGUGAAGUGGCUGACAGAUAGAUGAGGCAUCAUCCACUAGGAAGUUCCCUCAUGGAAGCAUCCUAUUCAUUUCAAUAAACCUUUUUAUUAUUGUUGUUCUUUUUAAUAUCAUAGCUUUCCGUUGAUUACAUCCCAUAUUUAGUCACUGAGAUGGUGGCAGGGAUGUUGUUUGCAUUUUGUGCCCCGGACGUUGAAAUAAAAUGGUCCAGUCUUGGUUUGAAGAAGGAGGAUUCGGAGUGGGUUACUUCUGAGGAAGAAUUUGAGCAGCCAUAUUGAAGAGCGAAUGUAAUGCUGUGGUUAACAUUGAAGCAUUGGGAAGCUCGUUUCCCCCCUCAUCCCUGUCAUAAAACUCACUUGGUGGCCAGAAAUGGAGACUACCAAAUGUUGCUUGACUCCUUUCAGCCACAGCAGGGAUGAUGGAAAUUGUGGCUCAGAGGAAAUAGCUGUGUUGGUUAGAGCAUGGUGCUGAAAAUGCCACGGUUGCAGGUUUGAUCCCCGUAUGGGGCAGCUGCGUAUUCCUGUAUUGCAGGGGGUCAAACCAGAUGAUCCUCAGGGUCCCUCCCAAUUCGACAACUCUAUGAUUCUAGGAUGCAGGUUCCCUAUCCCUGCCUCAGACAAACCGUUUUGCCUCAGACUGGGUUAAACCACAGAGCCUAGGACUUGCCAAUCAGAAGGUCGGCGGUUCGAAUCCCUGCCACUGGGUGAGCUCCCGUUGCUCGGUCCCAGCUCCUGCCAACCUAGCAGUUUGAAAGCACGUCAAAGUGCAAGUAGAUAAAUAGGUACCGCUCCGUCAGGAAGGUAAACGGCGUUUCCGUAUGCUGCUCUGGUUCGCCAGAAGCGGCUCAGUCAUGCUGGCCACACGACCCGGAAGCUGUACACUGGCUCCCUUGGCCAGUAAAGCGAGAUGAGCGCCGCAACCCCAGAGUCGGCCACGACUGGACCUAAUGGUCAGGGGUCCCUUUGCCUUUUUACCUGUAAUAAAUACGAGGGCAACAUUACUGAGGUGCCGUUCAGUGUUGUAAGAGUUGCAAGAUAAGGAACGUGUAGUGCUCCGAAAACUAAAGAAUUGUAUAUACACACAAACCUCGGUUGUCAAACGGCUCUGUUUUUGAAUGUUUCAGCUCCCAAAUGCCGAAAACCUGGAAGUAAAUGGUCUGGUUUUCUAACGUUUUCCAGAAGCCGGAUGUCCGACGCGGCUUCCGCUUGAGUGCAAGGAUUACGUUCGACAACUGAGGUUUGACUAUAUAAAAGGUAGUGACUCUGUGCCCUUCCAGAUAUCGCUCAGCUACAGCUCCCGUCUUCCCUGACUGGGCUGAUGGGGGUUGGAAUUCAAUAUCUGGAAGGCCACACAGAAAACCUUUUAACUGUAGCAUCCCUUUUCGGGGACAACCUCCCGCUAAAUAUCCAUGAGGCACCUUCACUGAUUUGGGUGCCAGCUUCAUUUCUCCCCCACCCGCUUGCAGUGAAAGGGCUUUGUCCUUUAAGGAAUUUGGCUCAGUUUUAAUGACGCUUAAUGAUUUUGUGUCUUCACUUUUGCUUUUAUUCGUUGAAUUGUUUGAUUAUACAUCUGGCUAAACGCACAGGUACACAGGUACAAAAGUGGCUUCUUAAUGUCAUAAAUAGAUGGUGCCUGUGAGAAGGGGUUUGAGUGAAGGAUGGGAAGAGGUAUAAUUCAAAAGCCACCCAAUGGGCUCAGUAAAAUCCACAGCAUGACAUACCGUAUUUUUCGCUCCAUAAGACACACUUUUUUCCUCCUAAAAAGUAAGGGGAAAUGUGAGUGCUUCUUAUGGAGCGAACGGCGCUGCGCAGAGAGGUAGAUCUGCGUAGCGCCCCUUCAGCGAAGCGGGAGGAGAACAGAGCCCCUUCUGUUCCUCCUCCCGCUUCGCUGAAGGGGCGCUGCGCAGCUCUCCCUCUCUGCGCAGCGCCUGUCCUGCGAAGCCAGAGGAGGAACAGAAGGGACUCCUUCUGUUCCUUCUCCAGCUUCACUGAAGGGGUGCUGCACAGUUUUCCCUCUCAGAGAGGGAGAACUGCACAGCGCCCCUUCAGCGACGCACCUGUCCAGGCUUCUGCCUUAGCCGUGCGCAGCCUCUUCGGGCAGGGGGAGCCUUCAUCCCGCUGCCCUGAAGAGGCUUGGCGCUGUUAUCCCAGAAGCCAGAACAGCCACACCGUAUCCCAGAAGCCAGAUUCCUCUUGCUGUUCUGGCUUCUGGGAUUCAGAAUAAUUUUUUUGUUGUUUUCCUCCUUCCAAAACUAGGUGCGCCUUAUGGUCUGGUGCAUCUUUUGGAGCGAAAAAUAUGUUAAUUAUGAAGGGGACGAAAUGGGUUUUGUCUCCCCACUUUCUGCUGUUGCUACUACCACCAUUCCUACUUAGUUCUUGCAGAAAGGUAAAUAGGAGAUCUGGGGAAGAAGAUUUGGGGAGCUGGUGGGGAGUGUUCACUUCCUGAGAGCUUAGAUGGUGAUGAUGAAAAUUUAUAUACCGCCAUUUGUCCAAAGAUCUCAGGGCGGUUCACAAGAUAAAAAUACAGGACAAAAGCACAACAUAAAUACAGUGGUAUCUUGGUUCUCAAAUGCAUUGGUACUCAAACUCCUUGGUUCUCAAACGCCGAAAACCUGGAAGUAAGUGUUCUGGUUUUCAAACAUUUUGGAAGUCAAAAGUACUUCUGGAACAGAUUAAGUUUGGCGAUUUUGUUUUUUCUAUUUAUUUUGCAUUUUUGUUUUUGAGGUUUUUCCGCUUAAUUUGUUUUUGUGACUGCGUGGAACCCAGUUCAUCUACUGAUUGAUUGAUUGAUUGAUUGAUUGAUUGUGUGAUUCCAGAAAUGGAAAAAAGCCCCCCCAACCAAACAAUGACUAUCAUCAGUGCAGGUAAGAAAGAAGGAAAAAAGUUUUAAUUUUUAUCAUCUACAAUACUGUCUUAUUUAUUUUAUAGUACGGUACAUUGAUUAUUGGGACACGGGUGGCUCUGUGGGUUAAAGCACAGAGCCUAGGACUUGCCGAUCAGAAGGCUGGCGGUUUGAAUCCCCGCAACGGGCUGAGCUCCCAUUGCUCGGUCCCUGCUCCUGCUCACCUAGCAGUUCGAAAGCACGUCAAAGUGCAAGUAGAUAAAUAGAUACCGCUCCGGCGGGAAGGUAAACGGCGUUUCCGUGCGCUGCUCUGGUUCGCCAGAAGUGGCUUAGUCAUGCUGGCCACAUGACCCGGAAGCUGUACGCCGGCUCCCUCGGCCAGUAAAGCGAGAUGAGUGCCGCAACCCCAGAGUCAGUCACGACUGGACUUAAUGGUCAGAGACAUGUUUUGUUGCAGCUGGGGCAGGUGAAGGCGUCCGGUUGUGCUGAUGGAGAUGCGCCAUGGCGUUUCUUCUCUCUGCGCUCCUCCCAGCAGUCAUGACUAAGGUGGCUUAUAUAACCAACGUAGUCCUGGCUUGUACGGCUAAUACCUGGAGGGUGACAAAUGCCCCGUCAUGUCUGUUUCCUGCAGUGGCUGGGUGUGCUGGGAGUUCCAAUGAGACAUAGGCCGUGUGGGAUUGAGUCUGGGCAACGUAAUAGGAUGGUUGCUUACCAGACAUGUAAAUUUGUAGAGGCAACAGUCAAUCUCUCUUUGCAGGGAACUUGUUGCUCUGUGAAGGAAAUCUUCUUCUUUGGCGAUCACUCGUAGCCUAGUAAGAUUGUCUUCCAUAAACACGGUUUUAACAGUGAGUCCGUAAGUGACUGUGGAGGCUAAUUCUGGAUCCACACGUCCUUCCACAGUGGGGACAUAGGUUUCUGGGCGGGAGUUAAUCACGGUGAGGGUUUGCCAAGCAUGCCUUCCUCUCCCUUUCAUCCUGAGUUUGAGCGUCUUCAAAGCCUUCGGUAAAGGCUGAUCUCCAAUUGCAGCGCUUGCAGGCCCGUGUUUCCCAGUAGUCGGUGUUUAUACUCCAUUUUUAAAGAUUUGCCUUGAGAGAGUCUUUAAGCCUCUUUUGUUGACCACCAGCAUUACGCUUUCCAUUUUUAAGUUCAGAAUAGAGUACUUGCUUUGGAAGACGAUCAUCAGGCAUCCGCACAACAUGACCAGUCCAACGAAGUUGAUGUUGAAGAAUCAUUGCUUCGACACUGGUGAUAUUUGCUUCUUCCAGUACACUGGCAUUAAUUCACUUGUCUUCCCAAGUGAUGUGUAAAUUCUUAGAGGCAACAGUCAAUCCCUGUUUGCAGGGAACGUGUUGCUCUGUGAAAGAAAUAGGGGACACGGGUGGCACUGUGGGUUAAACCACAGAGCCUAGGACUUGCCGAUCAGAAGGUCGGUGUUCAAAUCCGCACGACGGGGUUGCUCUGUCAAAGUGCAAGUGAAAGCACGUCAAAGUGCAAGUAGAUAAAUAGGUACAGCUCCGGCGGGAUGGUAAGAGGCGUUUCUGUGCGCUGCUCUGGUUCGCCAGAAGCAGCUUAGUCAUGCUGGCCACAUGACCCUGAAGCUUUACGCCGGCUCCCUCAGCCAAUAAAGUGAGAUGAGCACCGCAACCCCAGAGUCGACCACGACUGGACCUAAUGGUCAGGGGCCCCUUUACCUUUAACAACUCCCAGCACCAUUAACAAAUGACAUUUCCCAGGAUUCUUUGAGGGAAGCCAUGACUGUUUAAAGCAGGAUGAUACUGCUUUAAAUGUGUAGUGCAGAUGGGACUUGUGACAGGGAUUCAAACCUCUGUAGGCAUAUACCACGAUGUUGACCUCUUACAGUCGCUCAUGGAGAGCACAAUGGUAGGACUAGCUGGUUUUGGAUUUGAUAUCCCGCUUUAUCACUCCCCUUCAGGAGUCUCAAAGCGGCUAACAUUCUCCUUUCCCUUCCUCCCCCACAACUAACACUCUGUGAGGUGAGUGGGGCUGAGAGACCUCAGAGAAGUGUUACUAGCCCAAGGUCACCCAGCAGCUGCAUGUGGAGGAGCGGGGAAUCGAACCUGGUUCACCAGAUUAUGAGUCCACCGCUCUUAACCACUACGCCACACUGGUUGUGAUUGAUGGAAAGAUGUCAUGGGAGUGCAGUGAGUGGACUGGCUCUUUCUGUGCUGUUCCUCGUGGGGGUGGUGUCCAGUUCUUUCAGGCUGCCCCCAAAGUGUUUCUGUCAUAGAUCAGGAUGUACUGGCAGAUCUCUGAGUGGUCUGCAGUUGAUCAGCUAAUGACUUUCCCCACUUACGUUAGGCUACUGAAGAAGACUAACUAGAAACGGGCUUUUGCAUGAAAGCUCAGUUCUGUUUCGCUGCUGAGGACAAAAUUCCUAAGAUCCGAAUAUGCUCAGAGGCACCCUGUUCUUUCAUUCUAAAUGUAGGUCUUUUGCACCUGGCUCCGUUUACUAGAUCUUUAGAAUUCCAGUAAGAAAACAAAGUAGAUCUAAGAUAAGCCUGCUCUAGAUCUAGGUACACAAUCCACUGGGGUGUUGUUUUGUUCCAAGUAUCCAACCCAGCAGAAAUGAACAGGAGCUGCACAAACAGCACUGCAAUUAAUUCUGUGCCAAGGCGAUUCUAUAACUUGAACAAGUUUAUGCAAAUUAAACAGAUGUAGAUAUGGCUGCUUGUUUUGUAUAAUUGAUUCUGCCUCUGUUAGUCAUGCGGAGAGGAGGAACUGAACUAAGCCCAUUUCACACUGACUGCUGAAAUCCUGCUUAGUUCCCCAAUCUUUCCAAACGGCUUCGCUUACCUGAGGACUAGAAACUAGCUUUUCUAAAAGGGAGGGCAGGGAGUACAUAAACUGAGAUUGUCCGCAUGCUGAAUUCUGUGCUCCAUUAUUUUCCUCAGAUAUAGCAGUGGGGAACACACAAAAAAGAGUUAAAAUGUAUUGUGUGUUAGGAAGCAUAAUAUUCUUGUAAAAUUGCCUUGAUUUUUUGUGUGUGUGCUGCGAUAAUAGACCAGCUUUCACCAACCUAGUAUCUAGCUGAGCUAUCCAAGGCUGAUGGGAGUUGUUGUUCAAAACAUCUGGAGGGCCACAGCUUGGUGAAGAAGGACAUAGACUUUUCUUCUGUUUGUCAACUUCUAGAAAUUCUGCAUUUCCACCAGCAGGGAAUGGGGUCUUGGGGUCCUCAGAUAGUAUAAUAUGCCACACCACUUCGGAGUGCAGAUGAGGGCAAAUCUCAUUUUUUAAUGCUCCCCUAUGACAAAUGGAGGGAUGCAGGUGGCGCUGUGGGUUAAAGCACAGAGCCUAGGACUUGGCAAUCAGAAGGUCGGCGGUUCGAAUCUCCGAGAUGGGGUGAGCUCCCGUUGCUCGGUCCCUGCUCUGCCAACCUAGCAGUUCAAAAGCACGUCAAGUGCAAGUAGAUAAAUAGGUACCGCUCUGGCGGGAAGGUAAACGGCAUUUCCGUGCACUGCUCUGGUUCGCCAGAAGUGGCUUAGUCAUGCUGGCCACAUGACCCGGAAGCUGUACUCCGGCUCCCUCGGCCAAUAAAGCGAGAUGAGCGCCGCAACCCCAGAGUCGAUCACCACUGGACCUAAUGGUCAGGGGUCCCUUUACCUUUACCUAUGGCAAAUGGACAAACAACAAUAUAAAUAACAGCAGGGUAUUGUGGCACUUUAAAUACUAACAAUUUUAUUACUGCAUUCAUGAACCACAGUCCACAUCAUCAGAUGCACCAUGAAGUGUAGUCUGCAAAGGGUUAUGCCAUAAUACAUUCAUUAGCCCUUCAAGGAUCUUGAAACCCACCCAGAAGUCACUCUAAUGUAGUCAAAGUGUCCAUGCCUGCAAGAUUUUUGCUGUGUCCGUAUGCCGUUAUUCUCACCAAAAUGUCAGCCUGUAUAUUUUCUCCAGCAUUUAAUCUGGAUUUACCAUUUCUGGUGCGGGGGCUUUAUACUCUGCAGAUUUUCAGCUGAAACAGUAAAUCCCAGGGAAAGUAACAUGGGAUGGUAUUUGGGUGAGGCUGACAGAUUGUAGACACUUCAAAACAUGUACCCAUGGGUCCACAAGAAAAUUCCCCGGGAGGAAAUGGUCUUUGUUGUUUUCAUUGCAAGAGAAAACCCUUCUGGUGACUGGGGGUGGCUGCCAAGACCAUAUAACACCGGUCCUGAAAGACCUACAUUGGUUCCCAGUGCAUUUCCAAGCACAAUUCAAAGUGUUGGUGCUGACCUUUAAAGCCCUAAAUGGCCUCGGCCCAGUAUAUCUGAAGGAGCCUCUCCACCCCCAUCCUUCUGCCCAGACACUAAGGUCCAGCUCCAAGGGCCUUCUGGCAGUUCCCUCACUGCGAGAAGUGAGGUUACAGGGAACCAGGCAGAGGGCCUUCUUGGUGGUGGCACCCUCCCUGUGGAACACCCUCCCAUCAGAUGUCAAGGAAAUAAACAACUAUCUGACUUUUAGAAGACAUCUGAAGGCAGCCCUGUUUAGGGAAGUUUUUAAUGUUUGAAGUAUUAUUCUGUUUUUAGUGUUCUGUUGGGAGCCGCCCAGAGGGGCCGGGGAGGCCCAGCCAGAUGGGCGGGGUAUAAAUAAUGAAAUUAUUAUUAUGAAUUAUUACCUCCCUGGAUGUAAAUGCAGAUCUGACCUACAGUACAUUGCUGUCACACAAGUUCCAGUGCCUGGCCACUCCUCUGAGUACUUGCACCAGUUUUCAGUGAUGGGGGAAUUUCAGCACAAGAGGGCAGGUGGUUUCUCAAAUCGGAAGAGGAAGAAGAAGAAGAAGAAGAAGAAGAAGAAGAAGAAGAAGAAGAAGAAGAAGAAUUAGGAGAAGAAGAAGAAUUUGGAUUUGAUAUCCCGGUUUAUCACUACCCAAAGGAGUCUCAAAGCGGCUAACAUUCUCCUUUCCCUUCCUCCCCAACAAACACUCUGUGAGGUGAGUGGGGCUGAGAGACUUCAGAGAAGUGUGACUAGCCCAAGGUCACCCAGCAGCUGCAUGUGGAGGAGCGGGGACGCGAACGCGGUUCCCCAGAUUACGAGUCUAUUGCUCUUAACCACUACACCACACUGGCCCUCUUGUGCUGAAAUUCCCCCAUCACCAAAAGCUGGUGCAAGUGCUCAUCCACAUUUCCCAUUGUCCCACUAUUCCUUCAUUUCUCCUUAUAUUUCUAGGCACGACUCCGAAAGAGCCUUUCUCUGGUCUCCCCACUCUCCCCAGGAAACCUCGGUUUCCCACUGAAUCGGAACAAACUUCAACCUGCAGAAAACACUGUGGACGCUUGUUCCGGUUCAGCAGCAAACAGCAGGUUUUCCUGAGAAAGGCGGCGGCACAAAGGAAGAACCUCUCCUGGAAAUCACGGGACAAACAGGAGUGUGGAUGAGCCUCAGCUUCAUUUCAAGGGACAUAAAAGCAGCACAUAAAAGAAGAAUAAUCUGGUGCAGCUGCCAUGAGCAUUCCUUGAUGGAGCGGUGGCUCUGAACACUUCUGCAAGUAACUUUCUUCUUAUCUCCAAA